AUGGUGGCAACGGACUAUGAACAUUGCAUUAGGUUUGAGGAUGGUCUUAGGGAGAGCCUCAGAGUAUUGACAGCUCCACAAAGAGAGAAAGUUUUCUCGGAGUUGGUUAAGAAAGGAAAGAUAACGGAGGAGGUGAAACACACUAAGCGCUUAAAUUGGGUAAAGAAAGGGAGGCUUAGGGCUAGGGCCAGAGUUAAUGGGCCAAUUAGAGCAGGGCGUCCUGCUGUUAAUCCAGGGGUGCCACCUUGUGCCAGGCGUGGGCCGAGGUGGUGUUCAGCCACCAAGGGGUGGUCAGCUGCCGCUAAGGGGCCGAGGGCAGCCAGGGGUGGUAACGGUAAUGAACGUGGACGUGGAGCACCAGUUGGAAAUGCAAGCCAUGCUGAGGCGAGACAGCCAGCUUUAGUUUAUGCUGCUUGUUGCCAAGAAGACUGGGAUGCCCUAGAUGUGAUAACGGAUUGGCUGGUGAAACACCGAGCCACUUUGGAUUGCACUGCAAAGCGAAUGGUGUUAAGAACGACGGAGGAUAAGGAAGUGGUGGUGAUUGGGGAAUGCCGAAAUUAUCUGUCGAAUGUGAUUUCAGCAUUAAGAGCUAAGAAGUUUGUACGAAAGGGAUACGAAGCCCAUUUGGCUUAUAUUAGCGAUACGGAGGUUGAGAGCCCUACUGUUAAGGAGUUGAGAACAGUUAAGGAAUUUCUUGAUGUUUUUCCCAAGGAGCUGCCAGGGUUUCCGCCCAGCAAAGAAGUAGAAUUUGGAAUCGAGUUAUUACCUGGUACGGCUCCGCCAAAGCCUAGGAAAGAGUUUACGGUUUUUAGUGACGCGUCGCAUGUGGGCUUGGGCUGUGUGUUGAUGCAAAAAGGAAAGGUGGUUGCGUAUGCAUCACGGCAACUUAAGACUCACGAGAAGGAGCUAAACCUUUGGCAACGUAGGUGGGUGGAAAUAUUGAAGGAUUAUGAGUGUACAAUUGAAUACCACCCAAGGAAAGAAAAUGUGGUAGUUGAUGGGUUGAGUCGUAAGGUUAAGUCGGGCUUGAGGGCUAUGCUCACCAGUUUAAGUUUGUUGGAUGAUGGUAGCUUGUUAGCUGAGCUUCAAGUAAAGCCGAUGUGGGUUGAGCAGAUAAAGAGUAAGCAAUUUGUGGAUGAGACUUUGGGUGCUCGUUUUAGACAAGUAGAGAAUGAGGAGACGUGUCGAACUCCAACAUGUUGGAGGGAAUUGGGAGAACGAAGAAUUUUAGGCCCAGAGUUAGUAGUAGAUACUGAGGAUAAGAUAAAAUUAAUUCGGGAUCGGUUGAAGGAGGCCUCGGAUAGGCAGAAGUCAUAUGCUAACCUUCAGCGUCGAGAGAUAGAGUAUGCAGUGGGGGACUUAGUUUUUCUUAAGGUCUCUCCGUGGAAGAAGGUGUUAAGGUUUGGACAGAAGGGGAAGCUAAGCCCAAGGUUCAUUGGGCCAUAUAGGGUUGUGAGGCGGAUUGGACCAGUCGCUUAUCAGCUGAAAUUACCUUCUGAACUAAGCCAAAUUCACGAUGUGUUUCAUGUUUCCAUGCUAAGACGGUAUCGCUCAGAUCUUUCACAUGUUGUGUCAGCUUAG